AUGCCCGCGACCCCGCGGCUCGUGACGAGCCAAUGGCUCUUCAACCGGCUCCAGACGCUCGGCGGCCUCACGCUCAUCGACAGCCGCAGCGCACAGUGCUACGAGCACGCGCACGUGUGGUCCUUCCUGAGCUUGCCGCCGCCGCCGCACGCCGGCCGUGGCCUCUUUCUGGAAGACGAUGGGUCCGACGGCUGGUCCGCCGUCGACAUGUCGACGCUUGCGCCGGCGACCGACGCUGGCCGGCAGCGCUGGGCCAAGCGCAAGCUCACCGACGUCAUUAUCUACGACGCCUUUGGCGUGUACACGCCUCGGUCGUGGGCAAUGACGCUGGCCAACUGGCUUCUUCAGGAGCGUCUCGUGACCUCGGUCAAGCUGCUGCAGGGCGGCAUGCAGAGCUUCCAGCGUCUCUACCCCUUCAUGAUGGCGUCGCGGAAGGACAAUGGCAGCGAGUCGCCGACGCCCGUGCGCUCGACCGUGCUCUUCUCCCCGUCGUCGCCGUCGCCGACCGCCAAGACAAAGACACACGCGCUCACGUUUCCGCACGAAAUCGUCCAGGGGUCCAUCUACCUCGGCAACAUCUGGCAGGCGACGCAUCCCGAAGUACUCCGCAAGAUGGGCAUCACGCACGUCGUCUCGAUCGCGACGGCGCCGCUGGAUGAGAAGUUCCAGCUCAAGGGCAUCAAGUACCACCAGGUGCCCAUGCGUAGCGUCAUGGCGGCCCCGGAUGCAACGGUCGCAUUCGUACGCGACGCGACCGAGAAGGGCGGCAAGGUGCUCGUGCACUGUCUGCACGGCAUCUCUGCGUCGGCGGCCGUCGUCGUCUACUACGUCAUGCAGACGCACUCGAAACUGUCGCUCGUCACUGCCUACAACCACGUGCACCGGUGCCGCAACCUCAUUUACCCCAACAUCGCGUACAUGCGCUGGCUCGUCGAGGCCGAAGUGGCGCGGUACGGAGCCUCGAGCGUCGAGAGUCUCUCGGAGAUUGACGACCUCCAAAACGGCUUGUUACCAGACACGCCGAUCGACUCGACGCGCAAGCUCAGCGUCCAACUGUCCAUGCUGUUUCGCCGCCGCUGCACCGAGAAGCACGUCGCGUCGCACAUGCAGCGCAUCUUUGGCGAGUGA